CAAGUUGCAUCUUCAAUUAAAGGGGUAAGCACAGCGGCGUCGUCGUCGGUUCACAUCGCAGCUCAAAGAGACUAGACGUCGUAGACGAGACUACCGCAGGUGUCUCUUGUAAAAAAUGACUCGUGUUUACGUGGGGAAUUUGGAUCUGCGUGUGACUGAACGAGAACUUGAAGAUGAGUUUCGUGUAUUUGGAGUUUUACGGAGUGUGUGGGUUGCAAGAAAACCACCGGGUUAUGCAUUUAUUGAUUUUGAAGAUCGAAGAGAUGCACAAGAUGCAAUUCAUGAAUUGGAUGGUAAAAAUGGGUGGAGAGUGGAGCUCUCUCAUAACUCUAGAGGCCGUGGUGGUGGUGGCCGUGGUGGUGAUCGUGGACGUUCUGGAGGUUAUGACAUGAAGUGCUAUGAAUGUGGUGAGCCUGGUCAUUUUGCUCGAGAGUGUCGUCUACGUGUUGGUCCCGGGAGGCGCCGCAGCCGUAGUCCUAGAUACCGGAGGAGUCCAAGCUAUGGUAGAAGGAGUUACAGUCCACGAGGCCAUUCACCCAGGCGCCGCAAUGCAUCACCACCUCGUGGCCGCAGUCGUAGCAGGUCACCACAGCCACAACGUAGACGUGAGGAAUUGCCAUAUGUUAAUGGUCCACGAGGGCAUUCACCCAGGCGCCGCACUGCAUCACCACCCCGUGGUCCCAGCCGUAGCAGGUCACCACAGCCUCAAGGUGGACGUGAGGAAUUACCAUAUGCUGCUAACAGGGAUUACAGUCCACGAGGGCGUUCACCCAGGCGCCACAGUGCAUCACCAUCUCAUGGUCGUUCACCCAGGCGCCACAGUGCAUCACCAUCUCAUGGUCAUAGUCGUAGCAGGUCACCACAGCAUCAACAUGAACAUGAGGAAUCACAAUAUGUUAACGGAAAUGGUGUCAAAGAUCAAUGUAGGAGCAGGAGCAGGAGCAGGAGCAGGAGUCAAAGCAGAAGUAGGAGGAGCAGGAGCUGAUUUUUGUAAAGCCAACAUAACUUCACUUUGACAUGAGAGUUGACAUGGACUGAGAAUGUUGAGAUGGUUACAAUACUUUGACUUUCGCAACUAUGUGUUAAUUGGGUGAGGGCACUGAGCCUUGAUUUCUCAGUUUUGGAUAAGUUCCAGUUGCUGCAUUUGAACUUUAUCUUAUUUGUGUAUUGCUGCGCAUAUAGUUUCUAUACUCACCAGGGUCAUCCAUAAAAAUAAAUAAGUAAAUAAUUGACUGAAAUUCUA